AUGUUUUCUGUCACCAACCUAUCUCUCUCAAUGCUUUCUAUCAUUAAUCUAUCUCCGUCACGAACCCAGCUCUUUCAAUGUUUUUCUGUCACCAACCUGUCUCUCUCAAUGCUUUCUAUCAUUAAUCUAUCUCCCUCACGAACCCAGCUCUUUCAAUGUUUUCUGUCACCAACCUGUCUCUCUCAAUGCUUUCUAUCAUUAACCUAUCUCCGUCACGAACCCAGCUUUUUAAAUGUUUUCUGUCACCAACCUAUCUCCGUCACGAACCCAGCUCUUUCAAUGUUUUCUGUCACCAACCUAUAUCUCUCAAUGCUUUCUAUCAUUAAUCUAUCUCCGUCACGGACCCAGCUCUUUCAAUGUUUUCUGUCACCAACCUGUCUCUCUCAAUGCAUUCUAUCAUUAAUCUAUCUCCGUCACGAACCCAGCUCUUUCAAUGUUUUCUGUCACCAACCUAUCUCUCUCAAUGCUUUCUAUCAUUAA